AUGUUGUCUUCUCGGAUAUCGGCCUCUAUAGCUUACUCAAACAUCGCCUCUACAACCACGCCGCUGCCGCCCAAAUCUACUGAUCACAGCGCCUCAAUACUUCAGCAUGAGGCUGGCGUGGCUCAAGAUUCGUCCCCAAUUUCCUACGAACCUCCAAAGUCAGGCUUUNUGUCCUAUUUGCCUGCCUCAUUCGUGCCCUAUGCCGAGCUGAUCCGCAUCGACAAGCCGGUAGGCACUUAUUACUUGCUUUUCCCUUGUAUCUUCAGCACCCUUCUUGCCGCUCCGCUGGCAUCACCCAUCACCGCCCCUUCAACAGUCCUGGCCACCACUGCUCUCUUCGCUACUGGCGCACUGGUCAUGCGUGGCGCAGGCUGUACUAUCAACGAUCUCUGGGAUCGAAAUCUGGAUCCAAAAGUUGCCCGUACCCGAUUGAGGCCUAUCGCACGUGGUGCUGUUUCUCCAGAAGCUGCCAUCGUCUAUACUGGCUGCCAACUCCUGACCGGUUUGGCUGUGCUACUGCAGUUUCCUUUUGAAUGCUUCUUCUACGCUACGCCUUCAUUGCUCUUGGUAUCGACAUAUCCUCUGGCAAAGCGUGUUACCAACUAUCCUCAAGCUGUCUUGGGGCUCACCUUCUCUUGGGGCGCCAUCAUGGGCUUCCCUGCUUUGGGUGUCGACCUUUUGUCGAACCACGCCGCACUCACUGCUGCAGCUUGUCUGUACUCUUCCAACAUUGCAUGGACUAUUCUUUACGACAUGAUUUACGCGCACCAAGAUAUUAAGGACGAUGCAAAGGCCGGUAUCAAAUCAAUUGCUCUUCGUCAUGAAAAGAACACCAAGGCAGUUCUCAGUGGUCUGGCCGUCGUUCAUACCACUCUGCUUGCCGCUGCUGGAGCUGCAAUUGGAGCCGGGCCCAUUUUCUAUAUUGGCACUUGUGGAGGCGCUUUGUUCACAACUGCAAACAUGAUCUGGAGAGUGCGUUUGAGCAGCGUCAAGAAUUGUUGGUGGUGGUUCAGGAGUGGAUGCUGGAUGACUGGUGGUGCGAUCACCCUCGGCCUCACUGGAGAGUACCUUGCACAUUACCUCGGAUGGUACGAAGAUGAGUCCCGCUGA